CAGAGUUUGCGUUUUCGAAAUCACGUGGGGUGGUAGGCGGAGGCCUGAUCAAAAUGGCGGCGUCCUCGUCGUCCGGGUCGGGCUUCACCUACCGGCCGGCUCCCUUGGCCCCGCUGCCGCCGCAGCUAGACCCGGCCUACUACGACUCCUCGCCCGAGAAGCGCCGGGCGGAGGCCGAGCGCCUGGCCAUCCGCGCCCGCCUCAAGCGCCAGUACCUGCUGCAGCUCAGCGACCCCCGCCGGACGCAGCCCAUCGAAGACAUCGCCGUGACUCAGUGGACCUACGCCAAAGCAAACGCCCUCCCUCACUUCCGGGUCAAUCCUAAAACUUCUUUCUUGGGUGCCGUGUUUGGAAUAGCGCCCCUCGCUUUCUGGUGGUACGUCUUCAAAACGGAAAGAGUAAGUAGAAAUAUGCAAUCUCAAAGAGCCACCGGUUACCUUCUGGUACUUGUGGACAGCUGUGGUCACUUGGUGGAGAAGGAAAUGCACUCUGCAGAUAUUUGGAGGCACAUGAAGACCAGCCCUACAACCUUUACUGCAAUAAUAAGCAAGCAUUUCUGA